UGGAAAUCCUCAACAGCUGAUAAAGCACUUUUUUGGUGCAAAUUUGCUUUGUUUUCCUCAGUUAAUUGUUCUGUUUUGCUGGCAAAACUUGCAAAAUGUUGUGCGCAAGAAUCUCAAUUGUGUUGCUCUUGAUCAAUUUCUGCUGUGGGAGUUUUAUCAAUCCCUAUCCAAGACUGAAAUAUCGGCCCAUUUCCGGGGAUGACGAUGUUGGAGAACCUCUGUUUCUUACGCCUCUUAUCCGUGCUGGGAAGCUCGAGGAGGCACGAAAUCUUGCCAAAGUGACACACAGCGAGAUGAACUUUGCUCCCAGCUACUCGGGUUAUCUCACAGUGGAGCCAAAGACGAAUUCCAAUCUCUUCUUCUGGUACUUCCCAGCCAAAGUGAGUCCUGCGGACGCUUCGGUGAUUCUCUGGCUCCAAGGCGGUCCGGGAGCGUCAUCUCUCUUUGGCCUGUUCACGGAGAAUGGCCCCUAUGAGUUCACCAAGUCGGGCAAGGUGGCGCCCAGGAAGUUCUCGUGGCAUCUCAAUCAUCACUUGAUCUACAUCGACAAUCCCGUGGGCACAGGAUUCAGCUUCACGGACGAUGACAAAGGCUACUCCACCAAUGAGAACGAGGUGGGAAUCAAUCUGCACGAGGCGCUGGAGCAAUUCCUCACGCUCUUCCCGGACCUGCGGCCGCUGCCCUUCUGGGCCACUGGCGAGAGCUACGGCGGGAAGUACGUGCCGGCCGUGUCGCACAGGAUCCACAAGAUGAACCAGCACGCGGCUGAGAAUGAGAAGAUCAACUUCCAAGGAAUGGCCAUUGGGAAUGGACUCAGCGAUCCUCAGCAUCAGCUGAAGUACGGCGAUUAUCUCUUCCAGCUCGGCCUCAUCGACGCUCACGGCCGAGAUCAAUUCCAUGAGUACGAGAAGCGCGGCGUGGAUGCAAUUCACAAGGGAGACUUCAACGCGGCCUUUGAGAUCUUCGACGAGCUCAUCAACAUGGAUGAACUGCCGUCGGGCAGUCUGUUCAAGAAUCUCACGGGCUUCGAGACGUACUUCAACUACCUGAAAACCUCCGACAGUGGCAUCGAUGACAAGCACAUGGGCGACUUCCUGCAGCGUCCUGACGUGCGACGCGCCAUUCACGUGGGAAAUCUCACGUUCCACGACACCAGCGGCGAGAAUCACGUGGAGGAGCACCUGAAGCGCGACGUGAUGGACACUGUGGCGCCGUGGGUGAGCGAAAUCCUCGCCGACUACCGCGUGUGCAUCUACAACGGCCAGCUGGACGUGAUCGUGGCCUAUCCGCUCACCGUCAACUACCUGGCGCAGCUCAAGUUCAAGGAUCGCGACGCGUAUCUCAAGGCGCCGCGCUACGUUUGGCGCGUGGACAAGGACAUCGCCGGAUACGCCAAGGAGGCUGGCAAUCUGGUGGAGGUGAUGGUGCGCAAUGCCGGCCACAUGGUGCCCGCGGACCAGCCCAAGUGGGCGCUGGACAUGAUCACGAGGCUCACGAGCGGAAAGUCCUUCGCCAAUUGAAGGCCAACAAAUAGAAAUUGUCAGAAAGCUCUCUAUUUUAUGAAAUACACAUUCUUUUCCACAAA